AGGGCACUGUGUGUGCUCGGCCUUGAAAUGCCCGGCACGUCGGGGCAGCGGGACAGAGCCCAGGGCGCGCGCGGAGGCUGCCAGGGUCUCGCUCCUCCGGCCACAGCCAUGACAGAAAACUCCGACAAAGUUCCCAUCGCCCUGGUGGGGCCUGACGACGUCGAGUUUUGCAGUCCCCCGGCAUACGCCACGGUGACCGUGAAACCCUCCAGCCCCGCGCGGCUGCUCAAGGUCGGAGCUGUGGUCCUCAUUUCGGGGGCGGUGCUGCUGCUCUUCGGGGCCAUCGGGGCCUUCUACUUCUGGAAGGGGAGCGACAAUCACAUUUACAAUGUCCAUUAUACCAUGAGUAUCAAUGGGAAAUUACAAGAUGGGUCAAUGGAAAUAGAUACUGGGAACAACCUGGAGACCUUUAAAAUGGGAAGUGGAGCUGAAGAAGCAAUUGAAGUUAAUGAUUUCCAGAAUGGCAUCACCGGAAUCCGUUUCGCUGGAGGAGAAAAGUGCUACAUCAAAGCACAGGUGAAGGCUCGCAUUCCUGAGGUGGGAACCGUGACCAAACAGAGCAUCGCUUCUGAGCUGGAAGGCAAGAUCAUGCCAGUUAAAUAUGAAGAAAAUUCUCUCAUCUGGGUGGCUGUAGACCAGCCUGUGAAGGACAACAGCUUCCUGAGUUCUAAGGUCUUAGAACUCUGUGGCGACCUUCCUAUUUUCUGGCUUAAGCCAACAUAUCCAAAAGAAAUCCAGAGAGAAAGAAGAGAAUUGGUAAGAAAAAUUGUUACAACUACUACGAGACCACACAGCGGACCACAGGGCAACCCAGGCCCUGGAGGACCAAGUAACGGAACCAGACCUAGUGUUCAAGAGGAUUCAGAACCCUUUAACCCAGACAACCCUUACCAUCAGCAGGAGGGGGAAGGCAUGACAUUUGACCCUAGACUGGAUCAUGAAGGAAUCUGCUGUAUAGAAUGUAGACGGAGCUACACUCAUUGCCAGAAGAUCUGUGAGCCCCUGGGGGGCUACUACCCAUGGCCUUAUAAUUAUCAAAGUUGCCGUUCGGCCUGCAGAGUUGUCAUGCCAUGUAGCUGGUGGGUGGCCCGCAUCUUGGGCAUGGUGUGAAAUCACUUCAUGUACCAGGGGCUUGUAUCAUAAAAACUCAAGAGACAACCAGAGUAUGAGGCAUCCUGAUGCUGAAGGGACCACAAAGUAUUUCAUACUCAAUUUGAGCAAUGUUACUCAAGAUACCUUUCCCAGAAGCUCUCAAUUGUUUUACAGAACUUUAUCCAGAAUGUGCAAAUGUACUGAAAGGGUAGUUUAAAAUGUCAUAACAAUUGUUUUAUUACUUGCUAUUUUUUAUCUGCUUUGCUUUGCGAAUAGGCCUACUUAAUAAGACUAACUUCCCAAGCUACUUUGAAAUAAACAUGAAAAAUCACUUACAACGUCAAAGA